AUGAAGAAAACAUUGAACAUGCUUAUGACAACAUGUCUUUUCUGUUGGCUAUGUCGGCUUGUCUUCACCCAAAACACAAAAGAAAAAACUGAGAGUUUAAGCUAUGCCUUUACUAAAGGAGAUUUCGUGAUCGGAGGUUUAUCGCCAGUUCAUUUUUCGCCCACGGAGGCUGAAGAACAACAAAACCCGGAUUCUUUCACUUGCCAGGGAAGACUCAACACAAGAGGCUUUGAAGCGGUGGAAGCGAUGCUUUUUACUAUGGAUAUGCUAAAUGAAGGGCCACUUAAAGAUGUUGUGCUGCCAAAUAUAACCAUAGGUAUGGACAUAAAAGAUACGUGUGGUAGCGCUGAUUACGCCGUCCGCGAGUCACUGAAUUUCUCGUUUAUUCGCAACGCGCACGUUAAGGAUCAGUGCGGCUCAAGUUACGAAAAGGAAAAGUUUCAGACCAUUGCUGUGGUCGGUGCAGCUUACAGCGGAGUAUCAAUGGCGGUUACAAAUCUCUGCGGCUUGUUUUACGUGCCCGUGGUUAGCUACGCAUCGACAAGUAGUUUGUUAAGUAACAAGGUACGAUUUCGUUACUUCUUGAGAACUGUACCUAAUGAUAUGUUACAAGCAAAAGUGAUGGCGGAUCUUGUUCGAAAGAUGAAGUGGAACUACGUGAUAACUUUGGCUUCGGAAAGCGAGUACGGCCGAUCUGGUAUCGAGGCCUUUAAACGAGCACUCGACGGCUUCGGGGAUAGCUACGACGUUUGUAUUCCUGUGGAUAAGCGAUUUACAAAACGCUCUACAGAUGCAGAAUUCGAGGAAAUAUUCCAGAAGAUGCGAGCAAAUUCUAAGGCAAGGGUUGUUAUUCUCUUUGCACAGCUACACGACGCGAAGAUUUUGAUAGACAAAUUUCGUCAGCAUGAGUCAAUGUCGAAAGAAAAGUACGUUUGGAUAGGUUCAGACGCUUGGGGCGACUCAAAACAAGUCCUGAAGGGAAACGAGGACAUUCUACGCGGAAUGUUUGGUGUCGUGCCAGAAGUUGUACAUAUCAAAGAGUUUGAUAAAUACUUUACGAGUUUUACAGACAAAAGAAGGAAGCGAAAUCCUUGGAUGCGUGAAUAUGAGUAUUUAAAAGUUGCGCAUAAUCCAGCUUUUUACAGGGACACUUUUGAACAUUAUCCUAAAGCGCAGUACGUGAUGGAUGCAGUCCUGGCGGUCGCCUACGCACUGCAUAACAUGCUUGGUUGCCAACCUUAUCAAGAUUGCUCCAAGAAAAUCACAAAGAAUUUUAAACAAAGAAAAUUUCUGGAGUUCUUGGAAGACGUGAAAUUUCCUGGAAAGUCGAGGGAACAAUUUUCGUUCGACUAUCUCGGGGAAGCUAUUGGAGUGUAUGACAUUGGUCAUUUAGGGCUUGGAGAUGGAAAUUACGACGUCGUGAAAGCUGGCAAAUGGGGUGGAAAGGAAUGUGAUAUUCUUGGCGCAAAUCUGUUUAUGAGUUCCUGUCUCGACCUGGACAUGAAAAUCAUUGAUAUGGUUAACGAAAAUCUGAAGAACCACACACAAGAAGGUAUUCCUUUCUCUAAAUGCAGCAAAGACUGUCCACCUGGUUACCACAAAAAUCCAGAGAAGAACCACGCAAAAUGUUGCUGGGAGUGCCGUCUGUGCAGUGGUAAUACUAUCACGAAACAAUCCAACAUGGAUGACUGCACUGCAUGCCCGCAAGGAUAUCGUGCAAGUAAAAAUCAUUCGCGUUGCGAGCCCAUACAGCCCACGUCUUUACACUGGAAUGACACUCUAGGCGUGAUAAUUAUCUGUAUAUCAGGUGCUGGCAUCCUGUCUGUAAUUUGCACCUUGGCAGUUUACUAUGUCUAUCGUGAGACUCCCGUUGUGCGAGCCUCUAGCAAAGAACUGUGUUACAUUCUGCUGUUUGGUAUUGCGUGGUGCUACGCAACACCCAUCGCUUUUCUUGUCAAUCUAACAGACCAAGUCUGCCGAACAAUUCCGUUUGUCACAGGUCUCUCCCCCGCGCUGAUAGCUGGGACACUUCUCACCAAGACAAAUCGCAUAUCACGUAUUUUCAAUCGCAAGCUUUUGAAAACAGGGACACCAAGUUUCCUGUCCAAAAAAUGGCAAGUGUUGAUGGUACUGUGCUUAGCUGGUGUAGAAUGCCUUAUAGGAGGAGGGUGCGUGCUCUUCAGCGAGACUGGGAGCAAAUUACUCAUCUCCGAAUCUAAGAAAGAAGUUUUGAAACAAUGUAAGGAGCUUCCUGACAUUUGCACUGUGAUUUGGUGGGUGUACAACAUGGGGCUGGCAUUGACUUGCACGUAUCAAGCUUUCCGUACGCGGAAAUUACCAGAGAAUUACAACGAGGCCAAGUUUAUCACCUUCACCAUGGUGAUAACGUGUAUAGUUGUAAUAAUUUUCAUUCCAACAUACAUAGGAACGAAAGGAAUUUACAGGACUACCAUAACCUGCUUUGUGUUUAUCAUAGGCGGUUCGUCAACUCUCUGCUGCAUGUUUGUACCUAAGCUGUACAUAAUUCUAUGGAGGCCUGAAAAAAAUGUACCUAUGCAGCCUCGCUCCUCGACAAUCCGUUUGGGAACCAUUUCUCCUUCAGCAUCGUUUGUGAAGCGUUUAAGUGUAGACUCCAACUUCAGCGACAAGGCCGGGGAAGGAAGAAAAACACGAAUUCACUCAUUGCCAACGAUUGAACUUAGCAGACCCGAAGACGAGGAUGGAGAACACCAAGAAGUUCCGAGAGUCAAGAAAACUACUCGGUCCUUCUCGCUCAGUCCGGACAUGCUGUCAGGAGGUCGAACAAACCCCGAGCGAGGUCCAGAGCGAAGUCCAACGAGGCUGCUCCCAUCUCGCCGAAGGAGUAGUCUCCAGGCCCCGUCUGCCAUGCUUUCCUCCAUGGAAAUGAUCGAGGAAGGAAACGAGGUCGAACAGUUCGGAGCCAGUAGCGAGUCUGCUACAAGAAGUGGUGCUAUAGACAGUCGAGACCUUCGCGCGGGGUUAGAACGACUGAAACUGGAAUUAUAUGAACUCCAAGAAAAAGAUGAUCGCUUAAACGCGGAAGAUGAUGACAAAAAAAGUUGCGAAGAUGAUGUUUUUCUGCUCUCAGACGUUGAAAAUCAAAAUGAUUAUGACUACGGGGAUGAGUUUGAAACUUCCAACGGUGAUUCUGAGAGUAAAAAUCCUACCACUUGCGCUUCAAAUCUGGAUAAUUGUCAACCAGAGACACAAACAACGUCUACGAGUAAUAGUUUAUCCUGUCAAAACUGUGGUACUAUAGUCUCCAACAACAACCGAGAUUUCUUGAUCGAAGUUUUGCGCGCACACUUGGCAAGAAAAAGUUCAAGCCAACCUGGCGAGAAGACUAAGAAACAUUCUGAAAAUAGCCAGUCACAACACGGUGACGUUGCCGGAGAACCAGGGCGGUCAAAAUGA